CUCUAAGAUGCAGUUAAUCCUUACAGUAUCCCUCAUAGUUGCUUUUGGCAACCUAGCCUUUGUAUCCGCCCAGAAAUGCCAAGAAUGCCAGACGAAUAAUGAUGUAUACUGUCAUAAUCAGACCACAUAUCAAAAUUGCAUGAAAGGAAAACCCAUUGGCGAUGUGGAACAGUGUCCUGAGGGCACCGUUUGCACCAAUGAUUUGGAUGUUUGUGUGGAGAAGCCUGAUGGAACCAACAUAAUGGAUGUUUGUGGCAGCAACUCCGCGUGUGGAUCUUGUGAUGGAAGUCCCAAGUACACUUGUGUCAGCAGUACUCAAUUUGCCAGAUGCAAGGGCACCACACUGAUUACCUCCACGAUCUACAGUUGCGAGGAAGAUGAAGUUUGCUACCAAAAAGGUCUUGACGACUACGAAACCGUUUGUGUUCCCUCUUGUGCUCUUAAUUAUCUUGAUGCGCAACCCACAUGCACUAAUGAUGACUUCACCACAACCACAACUACAGCAGCUCCGCCCACAACGCCCAGUGAUGCUGAUCGACAGAAUAUAUGCGAGGCAGCAGCGUCAGGAACCACUGCUUCUCCAACUUCCACAUUAUCCACCGAAAGCCCAACCACUGGAACCUCAUCCACCACUAGCGCAACCACCACAGCUGUAACCAAAUUUUUCUAUACUAGAAACACAGGAGAUAAAACCUGCACCACUUAUCUGUAUUGCCAAAAAAGCCCUACAGGUACCGAAUGGACUACAGUUUUCUUAACAUGCUCGGCACCCAAGCCAUACUUCGAUUCCACCACCAAGAAUUGUGUGGCAACAAAGCCUACAGAUUGCUAACAUGAUUGAUUUGAUUUAUAAUUGUUUGUUAUAUUUAAAAAGCGUGCAUAUAAGUUACUUUUGUUAAAUAGUAUUUGAAUUUAAAUAUAUAUCUUUCUGUUUCCGCUA